AAGGAGGAACCCUACCUGGUUCUGCUCCAUACCCCCUCUUCCACUCCACUGCCUCUCACCUUGCUGUCCUGAGCUCUAACACACCCUCCCUCCUGCUUCUCUGUCCCCAUGAUGUCACCAUAUUUUCUUUUUUUCCUCUCUAUCCUCUUUCUCACCACUCCCUCCCCUCAGCCCACAUCCUUGACUUCUCUGGCUUCCUGGCUCCAAGUACCUCUUGGCUUUCCCUCUAGCUUUGGCCUGUGGUAUCGGAGUGAAGCAGAGGCCACUCAAGCUAAGACCAGCCGCACCUCUCCCAGUGCACUGGGGGAAUAGGAGGUCCCCCAGCAACCUCACUUGGAGCCUGUUGGCAGCCCUCAAGCCCUGACUCCUGAGUCACCCUGCUCUGCGCUCAGGGAAUAUCCUGGUCUGAGGCCUUAGCUGCCCCAGAGGUGUGACGCUGGGAUCUGGAUGUGGGUGGAUGUGACCUCAAAUGAGGACAGGGCUUGCACCUUUGCAGCCUUCCCAGGGAUUCCGCUCUGGCCCUAGCCUGGUGUGAGGGGGAGUUCAACCUGUCUCCCCUCCCUGACAUGUCCGCACUGAGCCUCAGGGCCACUCUAAAGUUCCUUCCUGAGUUUGUGCCGAUGGUCUGAGGAAAGUAAUAAAACAGCUUCUAGAGCUGAGGAUUUAACUCAGUGGCACUGUGCCUGAGUUUGAUCCCUGGAACCAAAUAAGUAAGUAAAUAAAUAAAAAGCUUCCCCUCAGUACCUAGCAACCGCUCCAUGUCUGUCACUGGUCUGCGCCGCCUCCCAACCCUGACAGGUGCAGAGGCUAAGUUCUCCUCACAGGGCCCCCGUGGCUGGUCACUAGGUGGGGGGCUUCGCCCAGCUCUCACCUGGCUUUGAGAGUUUGGCCUAAUGGAAGGUCACAGCUCCUCCGACCCUCAGUCCAGCCCUUUGCCUGCCCCACCACCACCACCUAAGGACCUCAUCAUCAGCCUUCCUUUCUCUCAUUUCUGAGUGCCUGGCUUUCCCAGUGUCCAUCAGUCUCAGGGAGGAGCCUCACAGCAGUCCAGCCCUUGGGCCUGGUUUCCUCAGGAAAAGCCUUGGGAGGAAAUAGGGAGGGAGUUGGGAGCUGUGAGAGCCAGAUUAACCCGGGCCCUCCCACUGCACUGGCCGCCAUGGGGCUGGAGCUGCUGCUCCCACUGCUGCUGCUCUGGACUCAGAAGACCCAAGAGUCCGAGCUAGACCCCGAAGGGCUGGACCCAGAAGGCCAGAACGUCUGCAAGAGCAGCAGCCCCCUUGCAGAGCUCCUGUGCUGUCCAGGCUGGAGGCAGAAAGAUCAAGAAUGCACCAUCCCCAUCUGUGAGGGGCCGGACGCCUGUAGGAAAGACGAGGUAUGUGUGAAACCAGGCCUCUGUCGGUGCAAACCUGGAUUCUUCGGGGCCCAGUGCAGCUCCCCCUGCCCGGACCAGUACUGGGGCCCCGACUGCCGUGAGAUCUGCUCCUGCCACCCACAUGGCAAGUGUGACCCGGUCACAGGUGUGUGCCGGUGCCAAGCUGACCGGUGGGGCAGCAACUGUGAGUUCCAGUGCUCCUGCGGGACCCACGGACGUUGCGACCCCAAGACUGGCCUGUGCCACUGUGACCCGGGCUGGUGGUCGGACACAUGUCGCCGCCGAUGCAGGUGCAACCCUUUGGCACAGUGUGACGCGACCACGGGCACCUGCCUGUGUCCAUCAGGCUGGUGGGGCGAGCGCUGCAACUUCAGGUGCUCCUGCCACAAGUCACCUUGCACACCAGACACAGGCCGCUGCAAAUGCCUGCCUGGGUGGUGGGGGACUGACUGCAGGCAGCCAUGCAGCUGCAUCUAUGGCUCCUGCCACGGCACUUCUGGCCAGUGCAUUUGCAAGCUUGGCUUCCAGGGCACAAACUGCGAUCUGCCCUGCACCCCUGGCUACUAUGGGUUGCAUUGCUUCCAAAGAUGCGGCCACUGCAAGCAGAGUGCACCGUGCUCUAAGGACUUAGGCUUCUGUGAGUCCUGUGAGCCGGGAUGGAAUGGGACCCUGUGCCAGGUGCCUUGCUCACCAGGCACCUUUGGCGAGACCUGCAGCCAACAGUGCCCCCACUGCCGGGGUGGGGAGCCCUGUCAGGUAGAAACAGGACACUGUGAGCACUGUGACCCUGGCAGGAUGGGGCCCAGAUGUGAAGACAGCUGCCCAGUUGGCACCUUUGGAGAGGACUGCAGCUCUAUCUGUCCCACCUGUGUCCAGGGGGCCUGUGAUCCCCAGACUGGAGAAUGUGUCUGUAGCGCUGGCUACUGGGGGACCAGCUGCAACAGUUCCUGCCUGCCUGGCUUCUAUGGCAACAACUGCUCCCUGCCCUGCCAGUGCUCAGAUGGACUUUGCAGCCCUGUGUCUGGGGCCUGCCACUGGGGCCAUCUCAGUAAGGAAGUUGCUCUCAUUGCUGGCAGCCUUGUGCUUCUGCUGCUGCUCCUCCUGGGCAUUGCCUGCUACUGCUGGGCCACUCGGCUGGACCCCAAGGACAGGCCUUCAAGGGGUGGAACCACCUUGUCCAGGAUGAAGCAGCGGGUCUGUGGGGCACUGAGCAGCCUGGGCUCUGCACUGCUGUGUGGCUCCCUCAGUGGCUACAAGCUUCCCUGGGUGACAGUGUCUCACCACGACCCGGAAGUCCCCUUCAACCACAGCUUCAUUGAGCAGCCCUCUGCCGGCUGGGCUUCUGAGGACUCCUUCUCUUCUGAUUCUGAAUCCGGAGCAGAGAACGAAGAUUCUGCCUACUGCGUGUCAUCCCCAAAAGGGACGGUUCCUGUGGCCCAGGCAGAGUCAUUGGAGGCCACCUUCCCUCCCCCUGAGGAUGCCUCCACGCCAUUCCCUAUCCCACGAACCUCCAGCUUAGCCCGGGCCAAGCGGCCCUCCGUCUCCUUUGCUGAAGGCACCAAGUUUGUGUCGCAGAGUUGCCGAAGCUCAGGGGAGCUCUCCAGUCCAAUCCGAAAACCCAAGAGGCUCUCAAGAGGAGCCCAAGCAGGUCCUGAGAGCCAGGAGACUGAGGAGUCCACAAGCAUGGAACAAGCACAGGUGGAUAAGGCCCCUCCUGCUGCUGCCAGACCCAGCAAUUCUGCCAAUGGCCACCGAUUCCCGCUUGAUAACCAGAGAGUGGCAGAGCAUGGGGAAACCACCAAGGACAACGUCCAGAAGAGCUCUGAUUCUGUGGCUACAAUCUACAUGCUGGCAGGGAUGCCCGAGAGAUCUGAGGGCCCUGUCUGGUCUGUCUUCCGCCGUUUGGGUAACUUCCAGAAAGGCCAGGCAGAAGCCAAGGUCAAGAGUGCCAUCCCUAAGCCUCCACGCCGAGCUCUGGCUCAGAAGGGCAGCACUACACCAUCCCCUGGCUCUGCCAAUCAAAGCCCUGGCUUGGCUCCUAGUCUUGUAGGGGCUGCAGAAUCUAGAGGAGUUAGGCAGGAGGAGGUGUCCAGGGUGCUGGGGGAUGGCAGUGAGAACCCGGGAGGCACCUGGGAGCCGGUCUCCAGGAACAGCCUCCCAGAACAUGCUCCCCAGAAGCAAGCUGAAGAGGAAGGGGCAGAGGAGCCCCUGUAUGAGAAUGUGCGUGUACCUGGGUAACCAAAGUCCUGAAGACCUUAGACUCGGGGAGUGGGAAGAACAUGGAUGGGGUGGGGGCAGGAGGCACCAGAACUGCCCUGAAUGACUGUGCUUUGUGCUAGAGCCAGGAUGCGCUCAGCAGAGCCUCUGUACAGGAAAAGAGCAGGGUUAGAGGCCAGCUGGCUCUGGGUCCUGGCAGCACUCCAGGAGCAGGUCUGGAGGGCCCAGGCAGGGAUCCUGCAGGAAGGGGUCAGGAAGAGGGAAAAGAUACUGCAGGGACUUUUUGUCUGUUGCCCUGGAUUCUGCCCCCAAACCACUGUUCUUUCCUUCAUUUGCCAAACAUUUUUCUGAAACGGAAAACAACCUAAAUGUUUGAUGAUAAAAGAUUGGUUAAACAGAUACUUCUUACUGCACAACUACUAAAAAUCAUGUUGUACAAAAAAUAUUAAUGUGGGAGAAUGUGCUACUCCAAAUGUGUAAAAAAUGACCUACAAAUUGUGGAAUACAGUACAGCACAAUA